AUGGGCGCGCUCUGCACGAAGGAAGACCUGGCGGAUGGCAUCGUCGUGGAGCGUGCGACGAUAGCGCAGGCGCCCAAGAUCUCGGAGGACGACCUGCACCAUUGGCACAUCUGGAGCCAGCUCGACCUCCUUGACGAGACGAAGCAAGUCCAGCUUGCCGCCUUCAUGCACACGUGCUUGGACAUGAUCGGGUCCGCAGACGAUGCCACUGACCUCGAGAGCGUGGCCUCGUCCGACGCGAUUGCCGUCGAUGGCAUUCAACUGCAUGAUUUCAUUCAUUUGCAAUUCCCGUUGUCCAUCGACCAAGUCGCGAGCAUGAGCCAGGCCUUUGCGGAGGCUGCCGACGGCAUGCACAUCCCGCUGCCAACGGACACGCUUACGCGACUCAUGAGCGCAUGCGCACAGCAUUACGAAGUGUUGCCGAAUGUGGUCCAUCUCACGAUUCCGUCCGACACUACGCUCACAAUCGUCGGGGACGUGCACGGGCAACUCCACGACGUGCUCCACAUCUUCAAAGAGCAAGGUCCGCCGUCGCCGACCAACUGGUACCUCUUCAACGGCGACUUCGUGGACCGGGGUAACUGCAGCGUCGAAAUCUGCGCGCUGUUGUUUGCCUACCACAUGCUGUACCCGACCGCCGUGCACAUCAACCGCGGCAACCACGAGGACCCGCAGCUCAAUCGCCUCUACAGCUUCCAGCGCGAGGUGAUGACCAAGUACGACCGGAACAUGUAUGGUGCCUUUAACGCCUUUUUUGAACGACUCCCGCUCGCGCACGUCAUCAACGACGCCGUAUUUGUCGUGCACGGUGGGCUUCCGGCCGCCGACGUAACGCUAACCGAGAUGGACGCGAUUCCUCGGCGCGAAUUUCAACUCCAUUUUCCCAAGACACUGUCGUCGGAGCUUCUCCAGCACCUGAGCACGAUGCGGGAUAUGCUGUGGUCCGACCCGUCGUCGACAAAAGGCAGCUCCCCGAGCCGUCGCGGCGCCGGUGUCGUGUUUGGACCCGACGUAACUGCGCGCUUCUUACGCCAGAAUGGCCUCAAGCUCCUUGUGCGCGCCCACGAGCCGGCCCGAGAGGGCUUUGACUGGCCGUACGCCAAAGAACAGCGGACCAGCGGCACCGUGGGUAGCAUGGUCGUGCCAGCCGAAGACGACAAUGGAAACGAGAUGUCGAGUUCGACGCUUGUGACGAUCUUCUCAGGUUCCAACUACUGCUACUCCAACAACAAGGGUGCGUACAUGGUGCUGCAGUCGUCGCUCGCAUUUGAGCUCCAUACGUUCCAAGUCCCGACCACAUACCGCAUUAGCCCGUCGAUGCCGGGCUUUCGGUCGAUUGAGGACCACAACCGACACAAUCUGAUGCAGCUCAUUGGCAACCACAAGAAAGCCUUGUUGGCGGCGUUCGAAGCCAAAGAUUCCCGUCACCUUGGUGUCGUGAGCAUCGACGACUGGGUCGCCGUGCUCGGAGAUGUUUUGCAGCUCGAGCUCGACUGGUCGCGGCUUGCCCCCGUGCUCCUUCCGCCGCGCAGCGUGGUCAAGAACCAAGACAAGGUCGAGUACGCGGUGUUUCUCGAGUCGUACCAGACCACUUAUGCGCAACACGGCGAUGCCGGCGGGCAGCUGGACCUCGACACGUUCUACAUGUACCGAAAGGAGCUGCAAGUGAUCUUUUGCUUCUUCGACAAGGACAACUCGGGCUACAUCACGCUGGACGAGUUCCAGCAAGGCUGCGCGCUCCUCAAUGCGCAUGUCGCCGACGAAGACGCGCAGCUCCACAACAUCGCGACGCUCUUCCAAGAGCUUGAUCUGCAAGGUACGGGCAAGAUCAGUAUCAACGCGUUCCUCGAGGCCUUUCGCAUUACGAACGCCCGCGAGACGCGCAAGUCGCUGUCGUUCUCGCAGUCACGCGACCCGCAACCCGUGUUCCUCCCCGUCUUGUAG